AAUAACACAUGACAUAUACUCAUACACUCUCUCCCUCUCUUAGGAAAGAACGAAACGCAACACAACACAACACAACACAUUUCAUUCCUUAUUGUCACAUCAUUAUUCCUUUCUUUCACUCUUCUCUCUCACCCACCCCACCACCGCAUAAACUCUUUCACAGAAGAACCACCACCAUCACCACCACCCAAGCUUCAAUACCGACCAAAGUUCUUCUCUUUACCUCAUCUCCCAUCAGUGGUCCUCACGAUACUCAGAAGUUCACAAUCAACGGCUCACAAAAAGCAGAUAAAAAGAAAAGAGGGAGGGAAACAAAAAAAAAACUGCUUUUUUGAGGGUUGGAGAGAGAGAAGAACGAAGUGAAGAAUUCCAAUUUGGACUUCUCUGUGAACCCUUUUUCAGCUUUUUGUCCAAGGAUGGAAGUGGUGCCGUACCAGCUUUCUCGGUUGCCUUACCAGGAUUCCCUCAAACUGCUUGAGGCUGAUAUACAGCACGCCAAUGCUUUGGCUGCUGCAAUUCCAAGAGCAAAAGGUGGGACUCUUCUCCAAAUGAAAUUGGUUUACAAUCACUUGGCUCCUCUCCUUCUGUUGUUCUUGCAAUGGAUGGAUUGUUCUUGCACAUGCUUUCUACACAGUUAUCUCAACUUGUUCCACAUACUUGUGUACAAAGUUCAUAAUGAUGGUAGAUCAAGCAUAACUUCUCAUGCAAGGAAGGCAACCAUAAGAGACUUUUAUGCCGUUAUUCUGCCGUCUCUCCAGCGGCUCCAUGGAAGCUUGGAUAAGUUGGAGAUUUGUAAGGAAGGACACUCUUGCAACAAUGGCAACAAGAUUAUUGAAGGUGAUAGGAAACUGAUCAAUGUUGAUUUGGAAAGAGAAGAUGAAUGUGGAAUUUGCUUAGAGCCAUGCACCAAAAUGGUUUUGCCUAAUUGCUGUCAUGCCAUGUGUAUCAAAUGCUACCGCAAGUGGAACACGCGGUCCGAGUCAUGCCCGUUUUGCCGCGGCAGCUUAAGGAGAGUUAACUCUGAGGAUCUAUGGGUUCUGACCUGCAAUGAGGAUGUUGUUGAUGCUGAAACUGUUUCAAAAGAGGACUUGCUGCGCUUCCAUCUUUAUAUCAAUAGCCUACCUAAAGAUUACCCUGAUGCACUAUUUUUAAUGUAUUAUGAAUACUUAAUUUGAUUCAAAAGAAAAACAGCAAAGGGAAAAAAAAGAAGAAGAAAAAUUGUACAGAUAGGACAUUCCGGACUGCAAAUGUGAAUAGAGAAUAGAGUCUGGUAAGAAAUAUUAAUGAUCAUGUUCAUUUCAGAAACAGCUUUUGCUGAGAUCAAUUUCUGGAAUUUCACCCCUGAGGAAACCACUCUUGCCUGUGAUGAUAUUGAUAUAUCUCCAUUGUAGAGUUACUAUUAUUACAAAUAAAUUGUUUGUGCUAUUUGCACUAAA